AUGAUUGAGUUGGAACUGCAGACUGCCAUUGUCAUCCUCAUCCUCAAGAAAGAGAAAAUGGAAUUGGAAGAGAGAUGGCUAAUGCAUUACUCCUCACUUCAUCAGAUACUUGUAGUGGGAGAUGGAGACUUCUCUUUUUCUCUGUGUUUGGCCAACUCUUUUGGCUCUGCUUCUAACAUUCUCGCUUCUUCUCUCGAUUCUUACGAUACGGUGACAAAAAAUUACAAGAAUGCAAAAUCCAACAUAGAGAAAUUGUUGCAAUUGGGAGCCACAAUUUUGCAUAAAGUGGAUGCUAUCCAUAUGAAGCGGCAGACUGAUGUUGGGAUGAGGAAAUUCGACCGCAUUGUAUUUAAUUUCCCUCAUGCAGGUUUCUGUGGGAAGGAAGAUAGUGACCGUGUUAUCAAAAUGCACAGGAAUCUUAUCAGUGGGUUCUUUAGUAAUGCAAGUGGCAUGCUCCGAGCGUUUGGUGAAAUUCAUGUCAGCCACAAAACAACAGGGCCCUUCUGUCGCUGGAAUCUUGAUGAAUUGGCAAAAGAGAGUUCUUUGGUUUUGAUCGAUUGCGUUGAUUUCAACAAAGCAGACUACCCUGGUUACAAUCAGAAAAGAGGAGAUGGUGCGAGGUGUGAUGAGCCUUUUCCAUUGGGCGAGUGCCGUACCUUCAAAUUUAUAUUCCCACCCUCUGCAAACAAAAUUCCCAAGUCUUUAAAUCGCAAUGGAUUAGCUCAAAGGCAUCCCAGAGUUUCAGUUGCAAUGCCACAACUUUCGACCAAAUUCGAUGCUCCAUAUCGUUUCAAUGCCCAUACUGCGAUGAAUGGCUCUUCUCACUGUGCUGGAUUACCGCAAACCUCAGAACGUUUCCAGAUCUUCGGUCAGUAUUUUAAUCAUCAUGCCAGGGAAUCAUUUGGGAAGGUGGAGUAUUUUAAUCAUGCCAGGAAUUUGAUGGCACCUUGCUAUCAUGCUUAAGCACUAGCACAAGUUUAUGGUCAUCUGAGGAUGUUGAGUCUGUGAAAUAUGGCUCAUAAGUUUUAUCCAUAAAUCCAUAAUAACUAAAACAUGUGUUUUGUAAGUAUUUGUUUAUGUUUUGCUAGUUGGGUGUCCAACUUGUAUGAGUUUGAGAACCGUGUAUAUAAUUUGAAUAAUGUGUAAUGUGUUGUUUCAACUAAAAGGCUACAAAUCAGUAUAGUUCAUGGUGUAGUUCAUUUUGUAAUGGUGUAGAGUAUUAGGAUUGCCUAGACUUUCUUUUGCAAUUAGGUGACAAUCCUUUUUUUUUUUUUGGGAUUCUAUAUACAUUUUGAGAUUUUGUUGUGCA